AUGCUUGGCGUCUUCCUGAUGACUGCGGGUCUCGGUUUUUUCUAUGGCGGUCUGGUGAGAGACACAAACAUCAUCAACACCAUGAUGAUGAGUGUCGUCUCCAUGGGCAUCGUAACGCUGACUUGGGUGGUCUUUGGUUUCUCCUGGGCAUUCGGUGAGAACAACGCCGUGAUCGGCAACUUUGACUAUGCCCUCUUCAUGGACCUGGACAUGAAAAUGUGGGGCGACUCCGGCUUGCCAGGUCUCGCCUUUGCUUGCUUCCAGAUGACUUUUGCCAUCAUUGCCUCAGCUAUCAUCUCGGGGUCCUUGGUCGAGCGCAUGCGCUUCAGUGCCUACGCUGUCCUGUUGACCCUUUGGUCGCUGUUGAUUUAUGCUCCGCUUUGCCACUGGGUGUGGGGCGGCGGCUGGAUCGGCGAGAUGGGUGUGCUGGACUUUGCCGGUGGCACCGUCGUGCACAUCAGCUCCGGCGUGUCGGGCUACGUGGCGGGCGCCAUCGUCGGGCCCCGACGACACGUGGAGAAGGAGCUGGGCCCUGCAAACGCUCCCUUCGUGAUCCUCGGCGCCUCCCUGCUUUGGUUCGGCUGGCUGGGCUUCAACGGCGGCUCCGCGCUGAGCGUCUCGGAUGGCCUGGCCGCCAGGGCCGUGGCGACCACGCUGAUCGCCGCUGCCAGCUCCAUGAUGGCCUGGCUGCUCAUCGAGCGUAUCAUGAAUGGCAAGCCCAGCAGCGUGGGUGCCGCCGUGGGCGCUGUAGCUGGGCUCGUUUGCAUCACGCCAGCUGCUGGCUUCGUGACGCCUGGAUGGAGCAUUGCAGUGGGCCUGCUGGGUGCUCCGUGGUGCUACGCUUCUGUGGCACUUCUGAACAAGAUUCACUACGUGGACGACACCCUGGACGCCAUGGGCCUGCACGGCAUGGGCGGCAUCGCAGGCGCCAUCCUCACGGGCCUCUUCGCCGUGGAUGGCGGCCUUAUCUACACCGGCAGCUUCGUGCUGCUUGGGAAGCAGAUUGCAGGGGCCAUGGCAGGAGUGGCCUUCUCGGCCGUGGGCACUGCCAUUAUCGUGUUCGUCAUGCGGCUCUUCAUGAAGCUGCGGGUCCCCGAAGACCAGGAGUUCAGUGGAGUGGACGAGCACACGCACGGCGAGAGCUUCUCCACCCGAAGCCCCUUCAAGAAGAACUCCGCCGCCGAGCACACAGAGAGCAGUGAGUCGGACGUCUGCUAG